AUGGCGCCUGGAGGCCCAUCGCAGUCCGGGGUUAUCAGCGGCCGGGUGACCAAGUCAGUGCCGUCAACUCCAGGAAAGCCAAAGCCAUCACAGAGUAGCAAUACUGGCAGCACAGGCACCGGGAGAUCUGGGAAAACUCCCAAAUGGAAAUAUGGUUUUUGCCCGGAAUGCCGCUUCGGCCAUCUCGUGAGGAAGCAAAUCAGCCUGGACCAUCCCAACCAGAACAUUGCCGGGAAGUAUCGACUCAGCUGCAGCGACAAAGAGAGAAAGGGUUGCACGUAUUACAAGAUCUGGAACACAGACCCCAUGCUUACAGUUCCACCGUCGCCCUCCAAAAAGGCCAUCUGCCCGCAGUGUACAAUGGGUCGACUCGUCAAGAAGUGCUUGAAUCCCUUUAACUUCAAGGAACAGUGGAUGGAGUGCGAUAGAAAAGACGCAGCGGAACGACCAUGCGAUUACCGUGAAGACGUACACGGCAAAGCACUUCAGAACACGGGAGCGCUACCCGGAACACAACCCACGGGACGCCCCUCCGACCGUGAUCACGAUGGGAAGAAGCUGGACAAAGGGAAAGCGCCUGAACGGCACCCAGCGAAUAUAGCAAGGCCAGGAACACGGGGGCUAGAACACGAGGCUGGACCAGCUCGAGCUGCAGAAAUGGCCAUAGACCUCACUGAAGAUGGUCAAUUCACGCCCGAAAGAUCACUCUCUCCUGUACCUGUCGCUCCAACUGUCAGCAACGCCGCGGCCGCCGAUUCCAUUGACUCUGCCCCUGGCCCUGGGAAGGACACAAAGUCAAGGUUCGUCGAGACGGCCGCAGAUAUUCUUUCUUCUCAAACUGUCGUCGAUCUGGUCUCGGAUAUGUCGUCGCAGGUAUCUGACAUGGCAGGACCGGAGGAAGGCUCGUCAAAGCAGGUGGAAGUACUUGCAAAGCCUCAAAACCAGGCAUCUGGCAAACAACAGUAUGCUUAUCAGGACGAGUUCGACUCCUCCGAUGAUGAAGAGCUUGCUCGCUUGACCGAUUACAUCUACACGUCUGCACGAAAGCCAUCGCCGCAAGUAGGAGUAAAGCCAGAAUCUCCUAGCAGCCCUAUAGCGAAGAUUGAGAGGGACGACUGAGAUCAGCCGACAGUCUCUACUGAAGCAUCCAAGUUAUGUAGCCCUUUAUCACCUUUACAGGGUUUUCAGUUACAAGUGGUCAAGGGGAUUGCAACAAUGGAGGUGCGUGCGCGGGAACAGCCGACGGGAACAGGCACCGUGGCGCCGGAAAGGAGCCCGACGCACGCGGAGCACAAAUGGAGCACGGUCGGGGUAACCGAAACCAAAAUGAUGAUAGCGGAGGGAGGCGACGGCACCCAGCACCAUGUUGAGGACUCGAGCCUGAAAUCACGAAAGCACGAGCUACAUUUCUGUAUUGUAUUUAACGUUUGUCUAACACCAUCAGUGGGGCUCUACAUGUAUCGAUAUGUGGGGUACAUGUGGGGCAGAACUUGUAAGGAAGCUCGGAUCUCUGCAAACGCGUUUCCAUGUUUAUCGUUCGAAGCGCGUUGAAGGUAUCCAAGGGGAAUGCAGUUAAAUGCGCAG